AUGGCAAUAAGCUGGGGGCUUGUUUUCACAGCAAAAAGUAUUGAAGCCUUGUAUGCGGCCAGAUUUAUUGGAGGUCUAGCGAUUGCUAUACCAUUUGGAGUAAUACCAGUUUACUGCGGCGAAAUCGCGGAACCUUCAAUCCGAGGAAUACUCGGUUCAUUUUUCCAAAUAUUUAUCACCUUAGGUCUACUGUGGGCUUACAGUAUUGGUCCGUUUGUCUCGUACACGAAUUAUUGUAUCGCUUGUGCUGUCUUGCCAAUCGCUUUCUUCAUCUCCUUCUACCCAAUGCCCGAGUCGCCGUACUACUUGGCGGCAAAAAGUCGCAAGGAAGAUGUCAUCAAAGUGUUGAUGAGGCUAAGAGGAAAAAAAAGAGCAGAAGUAGAAAAGGAAGCUACUGAAAUCGAGGUUUCCGUUCAAGAAGCUUACAGCAAACAAGCAACAAUAUUGGAUUUGUGUAAAGUAAAAGCCAAUUUAAAAGCGCUAAUUGCUACGUGCGCACUGAUUAUUUUUCAACAGAUGAGCGGAAUCACAGUUGUUGUUCUUUACUCGGAGCUUAUCUUUUCAAGCGCUGGAGAAUUUGGCUUAAGCUCAUCCGUUCAGACAAUUAUUGUAGGACUGGUUCAAUUUCUGGGCUCCUGUGUCAACCCUUUGGCUGUUGACAGACUGGGGCGCAAAAUCCUAUUAAUUAUAUCCAGCUCAGGUGCCGGUUUAAGUCUGGGAGUUCUUGGACUGUUCUUUUAUCUGAAAGACGCUGCUGGAACUCAAGUCAGUCAUGUCGGAUGGUUACCAAUAUUUUCCUUGGUUACUUUCAUGGCAACCUACAGCAUCGGAUUGGGUCCUCUUCCUUGGACAAUAAUGGGCGAAAUGUUUUCUCAUGAAGUUAAGUCUAAAGCAUCAACAAUUAUUGUUUUUACAUGCUGCUUUUUAGCGUUUAUUAUCAGUAAAUACUUUAUUAAUAUGGCAAUAACUUUUGGUCAAUAUACCGCAAUGUGGUUCUUUGGAUUUUUUUGCAUCUUGAGUUUAUUAUUUGUCGUAUUAUUUCUUCCUGAAACUAAAGGGAAGUCAUUACAGGAGAUUCAAGACGAACUUAAUGGAAAAUCAAUUGUUGGCAGUAACAGAUCAAUAAAGCAUGAAAAAGGCUCCAAGUCACUGCAAAUUUUCGCUGCAAUGGCAGCCAGCAUUUGUGUAAUGGCUGCCGGGUCAGUGAUGGCUUGGACAACGCCUCUUUUGCUGAUGCUCGAAGAAGAUCCAGUGAGUAAAUACAAUCCCUUGGGCCGGCCGCUCACUAAAACAGAAACUUCUUGGCUUGUAUCGUUGCCUAACGUAGGAACAUUAUGCAGCUGUUUCUUCCCAGGAUAUAUUGCUGACAAGUGGGGAAGAAAAACAGUAUUAUUAUCAACAGUAAUUCCAUCACUAUUAAGCUGGACGCUUCUUGCUACUGGAAAGAGGAUAGAAGUGUGGUACGCAGCGAGAUUCAUCUCAGGUUUUAGCGUUUCUGUUCCCUUUGCAUUGCUCUCCAUGUACUGCGGUGAAAUUGCAGAACCGGCUAUUAGAGGAAUUCUCGGUUCAUUUUUUGAGAUAUUCAUCACCGCUGGUCCAGUUUGGGCAUUCAGUAUUGGCCCGUUUGUGUCUUAUACCAAUUAUUGUAUAAUUUGCGCUGCAUUGCCAGUUCUUUUCUUCAUUCUCUUCUUUGCAAUGCCAGAAUCGCCGUAUUAUUUAGCGGCUAAAGGCCGGAAGGAAGAUUUGAUCAAAGUUCUGGCGCGGCUGAGAGGCAAAAGUAGAGAAGCUGUUGAAAAAGAAGCUAAUGAAAUUGAGGCGACUGUUCAAGAGAUUUACAGCAAAGAAACCAAUCUGAUGGAUUUAAUUAGAGUCAAAGCUAAUUUCAAAGCACUUGUCUUGACAUGUUUGCUGAUAACUUUCCAACAACUCAGUGGAAUUGUCGUCGUACUUUUUUAUUCGGAAGUUAUUUUUGAAAGUGCUGGAAAGUUUAGCUUGAGCACGUCUACUCAAACGAUUUUGGUCUCGCUGGUUCAAUGCUCUGGUUCUUGUUUCAAUCCUCUUGUUGUUGACAGAGUGGGUCGUAGAAUCUUGCUAGUUAUUUCCAGCGCUGGUGCAGCAAUAUGUCUUGGACUUCUUGGAUUGUUCUUUUACCUAAAAGACGCAGCAAAAAGUGAUGUAAGUAAUUUGGGCUGGCUGCCAAUAUUUUCCAUGCUUGCAUACAUGGCCAGUUACAGUGUCGGCUUAGGCCCUCUUUCUUGGACAAUAAUGGGCGAAAUGUUCUCUCAAGAAAUAAAAGCCAAAGCAUCCUCAAUAUUUGUUUUCAUAUGUACUAUUUUUAUAUUUAUCAUAAGUAGAUACUUUGUUAAUGUCGAAUCAGCAUUUGGAUCCUACACUGCCUUUUGGAUUUUUGCAGUAUGUUGUCUAGUCUGCAUUUUAUUCACUAUAUUCUUCUUGCCUGAAACAAAGGGCAAAACAUUCCCACAAAUUCAAGCGGAACUCAAUGGAAGACAUACAAGUAGAAAAAUAUCGUGCAUUAGUGGCAAUACAAACUCAAAAAAUCACGAAAAAGGCGCCAAAACUCUGCAGCUCUUCGCCGCAAUGGCUGCAAACAUAUGUGCGACGGCAACUGGAAUAUCAAUGGGUUGGCAAACUCCGCUCUUGUUGAUGCUGCAAGAGGAUCCAGUGAAUGAAGACAACCCCCUAGGUAGGCCAAUAAGUGAAGACGAAGCUUCCUGGCUCUCAGCAUUGCCUUACAUGGGAACACUGAUCAGCUGCUUUGUUCCUGGAUACUUAUCUGACAGAUUUGGAAGAAAAACAGUUCUACUGUCUAGCGUAGUGCCAUCUUUAUUGAGCUGGGUGCUUGUUGCUUUGGGAACUAGCAUAGAAGUUUUGUACGCUGCAAGACUUAUCACCGGCCUGAAUCUUUCUACUUCCUUUGGACUGCUUCCAAUUUAUUGUGGUGAAAUUGCAGAACCGGCUAUAAGAGGAAUUAUUGGCUCCUUUUUUGAGAUUUUUGUCAACGCCGGUCCAGUUUUUGCUUUCACUAUUGGUGCGUUAGUGUCUUAUAAGAAUUAUUGUAUAAUUUGCGCUACUUUUCCGGUUCUUUUCUUCAUUCUCUUCUUUGCAAUGCCGGAAUCUCCGUAUUAUUUAGCCGCUAAAGGCCGGAAGGAAGAUUUGAUCAAAGUUCUGGUGAGGCUGAGAGGCAAAAGUAGAGAAGCUGUUGAAAAAGAAGCUGAUGAAAUUGAGGCGACUGUUGAAGAGAUUUACAGCAAAAAAACCAAUCUCAUGGAUUUAAUCAGAGUCAAAUCAAAUUUCAAAGCUCUUAUUUUAGCGUGCCUCAUGGUAAUUUUUCAACAACUCAGUGGAAUUGUAGCCAUUAUUUUUUACUCGGAAAUUAUCUUUGCAAACGCUGGAGAGUUUACUUUGAGCACGUCGCUUCAAACUAUUUUAGUUGGACUGGUUCAAUUUUCAGGGACUUGUUGCAACCCGCUUGUUAUUGACAGACUGGGGCGCAGAAUCUUGUUGAUUGUCUCCUGCACCGGGACAGCAAUAUGUCUUGGAAUUCUUGGAAUGUUCUUUUACCUGAAAGACGCAGCAAAAAGUGACGUCAGUAAUUUGGGCUGGCUGCCAAUAUUUUCCAUGCUUGCUUACAUGGUCAGCUUCAGCAUUGGACUAGGCCCCGUUACUUGGAUAAUAACCGGGGAAAUAUUUUCUCAAGAAAUAAAAGCCAAAGCAUCGACUAUUUUUGUUUUUAUAUGCUUUGUUUUUACGUUUCUUAUAACCAGGUACUUUGUUAAUGUCGCGUCGGCAUUUGGGUCCUACACAGCUUUUUGGAUUUUUGCAGUCUGUUGUCUAGUCUCAAUGACUUAUCAAAGCGACUUGCCAGAGAGUAGAAAAGUAUCGUGUAUUAGUGGUAAUACUGCAAAAAAUAAUGAAAAAGGUUCCAAAACUCUGCAGCUAUUUGCAGCAAUGGCUGCGAAUAUAUGUGUGAUGGCAAGUGGAAUAUCAAUGGGCUGGCAAACUCCGCUCUUGCUGAUGCUCCAAGAGGAUCCAGUGAAUGAAGACAACCCCAUAGGUCGGCCUAUCACUGAGGAAGAAGCUUCUUGGAUUGUUUCGUUGCCUUAUAUAGGCACAUGGGUCAGCUGCUUUGUUCCUGGAUAUCUAUCUGAUAGAUUUGGAAGAAGAACAGUUUUAUUGGCUAGUGUAGUUCCUUCACUGCUAAGUUGGGCGCUUGUUGGUUUAGGAACUAGUAUAGAAGUAUUGUAUGCUGCGAGACUCAUCUCGGGUCUCAGUAUUUCUAUCUCUUUCGCAUUACUCCCGAUAUAUUGUGGCGAAAUAGCGGAACCAGAGAUUCGAGGAAUUCUUGGCUCUUUUUUUGAGAUUUUUAUCAACGCUGGCCCGGUGUUUGCUUUUAGUAUUGGUCCGUAUGUUUCUUAUACGAAUUAUUGUAUCGCCUGUGCUGCUUCACCAGCACUUUUCUUCAUUCUUUUCUUUGGAAUGCCGGAAUCGCCGUAUUAUUUUGCUGCAAAAGGUCGAAAAGAAGAGUUGAUUAAAGUUCUGGAGAGGCUGAGGGGCAAAAGUAGGGAAGCUGUUGAAAAAGAAGCUGAUGAAAUUGAGAGCGCUGUUCAAGAAAGUUUCCGCAACAAAGCAACUGUGAUGGAUUUGUUUAGAAACAAAGUUAACUUCAAAGUACUGGUUCUAACUUCAAUACUAUUAAUUUUCCAACAACUAAGUGGGAUCACAGUUGUUCUUUUCUACUCAGAAAUUAUAUUUGCAAGCGCUGGAGAGUUUAGUUUGAGCACAUCCGUUCAAACAAUUUUAGUAGGAGUGUUUCAAUUUUUGGGCACUUGUUUCAACCCGCUUGUAAUUGACAGACUGGGCCGCAGAAUCUUGUUGAUUGUUUCCAGCGCUGGCGCAGCGAUAUGUCUUGGACUUCUUGGACUGUUCUUUUACCUGAAAGAUGCAGCAAAAAGUGACGUCAGUAAUUUGGGCUGGCUGCCAAUAUUUUCCAUGCUUGCAUUUAUGGUCAGUUACAGCAUAGGAUUAGGCCCCGUUUCUUGGACAAUAAUCGGCGAAAUUUAUUCUCAAGAAAUAAAAGCCAAAGCGUCAACAAUUUUUGUUUUUAUAUGCUGUGCUUUAUUGUUUACUACCAGUAAAUACUUUACAAAUGUCGCUUCAGCUUUUGGUUUAUACACAGCAUUUUGGAUCUUCGCAGUCUGUAGCUUACUUUGUAUUUUAUUUAUUAUAUUUUUUUUACCUGAAACUAAAGGAAGAUCAUUACAACAAAUUCAAGAUGAGCUCAGCGGUAAAAAGCGAUGAUAAAUAA